ACAUCAAUUAUUAUUAUUAUAAGAUAAAUUAGAUAUUUUUUUAAAUAUUAUAUCAUUAUAUUAUAUUUAAAAUGUCAUGGAUAAGAGAUAACACUUCAAAUUGGUUUCUACGUUUGGCUAUAAAAAUUUUAAAAGCUGGAAAUAUUCCUAAACAUGUAGCAUUUAUAAUGGAUGGUAAUAGACGUUAUGCAAGUAAAAAUGGAAUAGAAAAAAUAGAAGGGCAUACAAAAGGAUUAUUUUUAAGAUUUGAUAAAUUUGCUGAAACUUUACAAUGGUGUAUGGAUUUUGGUAUACAAGAAGUAACAUUUUAUGCAUUUAGUAUUGAAAAUUUUAAAAGAAAACGAGAAGAAGUAAAUGGACUUUUAAAUCUUGCAGAACAAAAAUUCCAAAGAUUGUUAGAUGAAAAGGAUAAAAUAAAAAAACAUGGAUUAUGUGUUCGCAUAAUUGGUAAUUUUUCUCUAUUACCUAAAAAUCUACAAGAAUUAAUAGCAGAAACUAUGAUUAUUACUAAAGAACAUAAAAAAGGAUUUCUUAAUAUUGCAUUUGCAUAUACAUCAAGAGAUGAAAUUACACAUGCUAUUAAAGAUGUAAUUGAAGGUGUCCAAUGUGGUGAUAUUCUUUCUGAAGAUAUUGAUGAAGAAUUAGUUUCUAAUUGUUUAUAUACUAAUAAUUCAAAAAAUCCUGACUUAUUAAUUCGUACUUCUGGAGAAGUUAGAUUUAGUGAUUUUCUUAUGUGGCAAAUAUCAAAUACAUGUAUUUAUUUUAGUAAUGUCUUAUGGCCUGAAUUUAAUCUCUGGGAAUUUCUUAAUGCAAUAUUUUAUUAUCAAAGAUGUUAUUCUGAUAUACAAAAGAUAAUAAAAAUACAAAAUAUAAAACCAAAAAUACAAAAUAGCAGACAACUGACAUACAUAGACAAAUUGCAUCAUAAAAGACAAAUUGCACUUCAAAGAAUAUGUUUAUCAAAUUUUUAAAUAGUAUAUAAUAUAAAAUAAGUUUAAUUAAAAUUAAUUAUAAAUAUCAAGCAAGGUUAAAGUAUAAUAAUAUAUAUUUAUGUAAACACCAC